CCCCGCCGCCGCCGCCGCCGCCCCCGCCAGGCCGGGCCCCGCCGCAGCGCGGGCGGUCAGUGCGCAGCCCCGGCGCCCGCUCGGAGCCGGGAGCCCGGAGCCCGGAGCCGGAUCGCGGGCUCGGAGCGACCCGACCCGCCCGCCGCCCCCAGCCAGGCGCCAUGCUGCUGCUCCUGCUGGGCCUGCUGGGCCCUGCCGCCUGCCGGGCCCUGGGGCCGGCUCCGGGCUCGACGGAGCUGCGCUCGGCCUUCUCGGCCGCACGCACCACCCCCCUGGAGGGCACAUCGGAGAUGGCGGUGACCUUCGACAAGGUGUACGUGAACAUCGGCGGCGACUUCGACGCGGCCACAGGCCAGUUCCGCUGCCGCGUGCCCGGCGCCUACUUCUUCUCCUUCACGGCUGGCAAGGCCCCGCACAAGAGCCUGUCGGUGAUGCUGGUGCGCAACCGCGACGAGGUGCAGGCGCUGGCCUUCGACGAGCAGCGGCGGCCCGGCGCGCGGCGCGCCGCCAGCCAGAGCGCCAUGCUGCAGCUCGACUACGGCGACACGGUGUGGCUGCGGCUGCACGGCGCCCCGCAGUACGCGCUCGGCGCCCCGGGCGCCACCUUCAGCGGCUACCUGGUGUACGCCGACGCCGACGCGCCUGCGCGCGGGCCGCCCGCGCCCCCCGAGCCGCGCUCGGCCUUCUCGGCGGCGCGCACGCGCAGCCUGGUGGGCUCGGACGCGGGCCCGGGGCCGCGGCACCGGCCGCUCGCCUUCGACACGGAGCUCGUCAACAUCGGCGGCGACUUCGACGCGGCGGCCGGCGUGUUCCGCUGCCGCCUGCCGGGCGCCUACUUCUUCUCCUUCACGCUGGGCAAGCUGCCGCGCAAGACGCUGUCCGUGAAGCUGAUGAAGAACCGCGACGAGGUGCAGGCCAUGAUUUACGACGACGGCGCGUCGCGGCGCCGCGAGAUGCAGAGCCAGAGCGUGAUGCUGGCGCUGCGGCGCGGCGACGCCGUCUGGCUGCUCAGCCACGACCACGACGGCUACGGCGCCUACAGCAACCACGGAAAGUACAUCACCUUCUCCGGCUUCCUGGUGUACCCCGACCUCGCCCCCGCCGGCCCGCCGGGCCUCGGGCCCCCGGAGCUCUGAGCCCCGCCCGGGGAGAGGAGCCCAGCGGCGGCGCGGGGCGUGCAUGCCGAGAACGCCCGGCCGGCGCGAGCAUGACGGCCCGCCCAGUGCGGCUGACCCUGCCAAUAAAGUGGGCCUGCGCCGGCGCCUGUCU